UAUUAGUGCUUAUUGAAAUAGGAUAUUAAAUCUAUCAUUAUUGGUGCAAGAUGUCUAUAAGAUAUACUCGACGUAAAUUUGAGCUUUGAACAAAGAUCUAGUCAAGUUAGUUUUUGAUAAACUUAACAAGAAAUACUAACAAAUUUUCUUGUCCUACUUGUAUAUAUUCUUUUGCACUAUUUCAUAAACCAAAAAUGAUUUUUAUAAGUUCAUCAUUUAGUGGAAAGGAGAGCACCUUUUAACUACGAGGGAUUCGCUUACCUCCCCCCCCCCCAUCUCCCAAAUUAUCUAGCUCGCUAAUCCGAGCCAGGUUAACCCGUGAGGAUUUUGGACCAGUAGGGCCCUUCAUCUUACAUACAAAAAAAAAAAAAAAAAAAAAAAAAUUUGCAAAUUCCUUGAAACUACUCAUGGAUUCAUGGUUAUGCAUUUUACGUUCAACCAUUUACAGUUUUUGCAGUGUGAGUGACUGAAUGGAGUGGACUUCUUUAUAUUUGGGCUUCAUUGUCUUAAAAUUAAAACCCAACCCAAUCCAAACCCAAGCCCAAUACUCCUAGCUCGAUUCCGUGCAUUAAACUUUACCAUACACCAGCAAAUCAGUCGUCAAUCCACCUAUAUAAACACUCAGAUCAACUAAUCAUCUAUUUUCCCAAACAAAUUAACAAAUUAAAUUUAAAUUCUCCCGCCAUUAAGGUAGAGAUAAGAGAGGAAAAAAUGAAGGAAAAUCAAACUCCUCGAAGCAAGGACAUCACCCACCGUCGGCCGAAAGAAUCUCCGUAUUCCAAAUCAAUCUCCGAUCAAUCGAAGAAGCAUCAGAAAAUUACAAAGAAGAGCUUGAAUGCUGAAUUUGCUUCAGUUUCCGAAGAUUUUUCGGCUGAAUCAGUGUCGGAACCUCUCAAUUUAUCGGUGAUUUCUGAAAAUUUGUGCGAAGACAAUCUAAUUGGAGAAUCGGAGAGCCUUGAGAUUUCAAUUGGAGCAGAAAAUCAGUCGAUCGUUACAUCAGAGGAAGCAUUUACGCCAGUUUCGAAGAUCACAACUGCGUGCGAUGAAUCAGUUAAUUCCUCAUUUGAUUGCAGCAAUGUAGUUGGAUCAAACAAUUCUGUGGAGGUAGAUUUGGUUGUGAAUCUUCUGAAGCAAGCUAGAAAUCAAGUUUCCAGCUCGAGUGAUGUUUCGGAUACAUCAAAGAAGCUUCUGGAUGCAUUGGUUGAGGGUUCUGUGAGAGACUUGAGUGUUUUGCCUGACGAAGAGACGUAAUCAGUGCGGUUUUGUCUAAACGAGUUGGAAUUGUUACGGUUUGUUUUGUGGUUUGGCUGAUCUUUGUGGCUAUUAUGUUCCUUUUUCGCUGUUCCGGAACUAGAAGCUCCUCUUCUUUCAAUCCUCAACCUACCUGAGCCGGUAACCCUUGCUUUAUAUUAUACCAGUCUUGUUAUAGUAAGAUUCUGGAAUUAUAUGCUUCAUUAUUGGGGUGAUUAUAUCAGAAUAUUUAGUAUAUACCUUAGGCAUGUUUUCUGAUUCUGGUGCUUGUUGAUUAGUGUCAUGUUGUUAGUUAGGUUAAUCCUGAAACCGCAGAACCAUGUGUUUUACUAAUUGCAUUUGGAGGAU